UCACCGUCAGGUACGCGGAUUAAAGAUGGCGCCUUCUCAUGCGCUGAGGUGCUGUAAACGGGCUCUGAACUGGGUACCUGUUCUGUUUAUUAACAUGGUCGUCGCCUGGUCUUAUUACGCCUACGUGGUGGAACUGUGUGUGUAUACAAUCGGAAAUAAUGCGGAACGAAUCAGCUAUUUGGUCAUCUUUCACAUUUUCCUCGGCAUGUUCAUAUGGUCCUACUGGAAAACGAUCUGGUCCAAACCAGCCAGCCCUUCGACAGCAUUUUGCUUGCCACGGGCAGAGAAGGAACUGUACGAGAAGGAGCAGCGAGCCGAGGUGCAGCAAGAGAUCCUGAAGAAGGUGGCCAGGAAUCUACCCGUGUACACGCGCACGGCUGGAGGAGCCGUCAGGUACUGCGACUUCUGUCAGAUUAUCAAACCUGAUCGCUGCCAUCACUGCUCAACGUGCGAAAUGUGUGUGCUGAAAAUGGACCAUCACUGCCCCUGGGUGAAUAACUGCGUUGGGUUUUCAAACUACAAGUUCUUCAUUCUGUUCUUGGCCUACGCAACACUCUACUGUGUUGUCAUUUGUGCAACCGUUGUGCAAUAUUUCAUCAAAUUCUGGACAAAACAACUUGCCGACACGCACGCCAAAUUCCACAUCUUGUUUCUGUUCUUCGUGGCUGCCCUCUUCUUCAUUAGCAUCGUGUCUCUUUACAGCUACCACAUGUGGCUUGUGGGGAAGAACAGAACCACUAUAGAGGCUUUCAGAGCUCCUGUUUUUCCAAACGGUCCAGACAAAAGUGGCUUCUCGCUUGGCUUUAAACAAAACUUAGCCGAGGUGUUUGGAGACAAGGCAAAGUACUGGAUUUUCCCUGUUUUCUCAAGUCAGGGAGAUGGCCAUUCGUUUGUGACUAGACUUGUGCACAUAGAUCCUGAACAAGCAAACAGCGUCCUCCAGCAGAACGGAAAAAUCCCUUUGGAGGGAGAAACCAACAUUUGUAUGGUUGCUGAUGAGGCUCCUCACACAGAGGGCAACAGCAAAGCGAAAACCGAUGGAGGCCCGAUAGUUGCUGUGACAGUGGACAGUGAGCCUUAGAAGGUCUUGCACACCCCUCUGUAAAAUAUAUCAGCUGCAUUGCCUUAAACGAGGAGCACCGAUACCUCCAGGACCAUCCGUGGCACCAAAAUAAUACUGUUGUCAUGGCAACAAACUCUCCAAAGCGGCUUUGUAGACUGCAACAGUCUGAACUAAAGAGAUUAGGAAUUUUGUCUGUGUAUCUGCUAAAUACUUUACUUUUUUGAUUAUCUUAAACAAAUCUCUGAUGGCCAGUGCAUGUUUACACCUUCUAUCUGCACGUGGUUGCCAGUUCAUACAUUUUAUCAUCAGGUUGAUCCUCUCUCAGUAUUAACUAAACCUUUAAUCACUGAAGCUUCAAUUAGGUUCUGUUUGUAGAGCCACUAAAGCCCGGUUUUGUCGGAUAAGAUUUGAAUAAUAAGAGUCUAACACUAUCACUGUAUUUAACGUGUUAUACAUGUUCAACUCCACACAGGGCCCCAUAGUGAACUGUUCAAUGGCUUUAAAUUUAGUUUCUAGAAUGUUUGGAAAAAUGUAAAAACCUUUUUAUGUUUACAUUUUUCAUAUGUGUGUUCUUUUUUUUAAAUUAUUAUUUAUUUGAAGAAUCACUCCUACAAUAUUGGCCGAAAAUGUAAGGACCAAAGAAUGGAGCGUUUCAAAUAUUUCAGUAGCAUAACCUGUAGUGCUGCAGGGUGAUCAAAGAGAUGAUCCUUUUUCCAUUCCACUGUAUGUUUUCAUAUUUUUAUAGUGUAAGGUUUAUGUAUUUAUAAGUAAAAAAAAAAACCUAAGGCACAAUUUAAUUGGUGUCGGGUUAAACUCAGAAAGGUCAGGGACAUUUGUUUCAAAGUGCCCUUGAGCCAAAACCAUGACGGAUAGAUAAGGAAAUACACCUCGAGUGUGUCAUCGAUAAUAAUCCAGUGCUUUCUGCCGGCCCUUUUUUCAUGAGGACAUUCCUUUUAAUGGCAGCGAUGCACAGCUCCUUAUAGGGUUGAUUGAUAAACUAUUUGUAGAAUGGUAUCUGAUGUAAAUUUACUGAUUGUUAUUUAUAGCUAACUUCACUGACUGAAUGUUUAAAAAGCACAAUUUGUUUGCUUCAGCUGCUAAUUUUACAUUUGUAAAUAACAGCAUUUUUUAUUGCACAAACUGUUGAUGCAGCAAUAUUGUCAUUGAUCUGUAACAAUAAAGCUUAUUUGAGCAAAUA